AUGGGCAACUGCGUUUCUUCAAGUUGGGGGAAGUGGGCGUUGUGUGUACAAGAUAGCGCGACUUCGGCCCGAUCUUGGUCUUCCACAGACUUCAGUGUGAGGUCACUUCUAUCCCAGUCACUACCAGAGCAGCCAUCGACCGAGCCGUCAUCUCCCGAGCAGGAAACAGCGGAGCAGGCAGUGCUCGAAGAACCCCGAAAGGUAUCUCAGAAUCUCGAUACUCUGCCUGCAGAGCUAUUCGACAUGAUCGCCAGCUACCUUGACCGGGAUGGGCUCUAUAGCCUCUAUCUCGUCUCCCAAAGGGUGAGCAAACUGGCAUACCCGUCCAUUCUUGCUUCCUUACAUGCCAGGAAACACACCGGGCUCACGCCCAUAGAGAUCGAAAACAUUCACACUCUGGCGAUUGAUCCCACAAUCAAUCACCUUCCCAGGUCGUUGCAUGUAACCGUGCCCUAUAUCGGGUACAGUGCUGCACGGAAGGUAAGUUGGGGGCGCCUAUCUUACGACCGCAAGGCCCUUCAUGAGCUUCCAGAGAUGAAAGCAUUGAGGCAGGACUUGAAUCGGUUAGUCAACUGCAAGGAGUUUCAUUUCACACUCACCAGGGCAGGGUCGACUUUGGAGAACAAGAUCAUGUACAUCGAGGACGCUCUUUAUGCAGUCCUUGCUGAAAACACCGUCCCAGUCGAGAAACUCAUACUGGACAGCAGGGUUGUUAAGUCGCGGGCGAACGAGAAGUCAAUGAUGCACCCAAAUCUUGCAAGGGUGUGGAGGCGCCUGAAGUCGCUCAAGAUUACCGAGUCGCCCUCAUUGGAUUUUUCGAGAGGUACUGCUCUCUCCCACAUCCUUCAGCACGCCCCAGAACUUCGAAGCCUUUCCCUCCACAGUCUAGCUGACACCCCUGCACGUCGUUCAACAAUAUUCAAGUUAGCCAGCUCCGCAAACAUACGAACUAACCGACUCGAGAAGCUGAGGCUCUCUUAUCUCACAGUUGAGCCGGAAGAUUUGAUCAUGUGGCUGACACGCUUUAAUAGUACCCUGAGGAUACUGGACCUUCAAUCCAUUGGCCUGGCGCACGGAAGCUGGGUCAAUGUAGUCCAGCACAUCCUCGACUCAUGUCCUAACUUGCAGAAAGUUGUUGUGGACUACCCCUGGGUUUCUGAAUGGAACCGGCGUGCCUGGGAUAAAUUUGAGUGCUCGGGGCCAGAUAUUCGGAUAAAGCUAGAGCAAUUCAAGCAGAGCGCCACUGAAGCCAAAAUUUAA